UCACAUUGGCAGAAAAGCGGAUUCUUCCCAAAUGAAAACAUCUUUGGAAAAUUCAGGAAAAUUGUCAAUUAAUCGGUAAUCAAACGAUGGGGGACCAACAGCAGCUGAUCCUGGCCACUGGGGGCUACGACCACACGAUAAAGGUGUGGCAGGCACACACGGGGAACUGCAUUAAGACCAUGAGAUUCGUGGAAACCUCGCAAGUGAAUGCGCUGGACAGGACGCCGGACAAGACGCGUCUGGCGGCAUGUGGCUACCAGUGCAUCCGACUGUACGACCUGGAGUCUAAUUGCACCGCCCCGGUGAUCAAUUUCGACGGGGUCCAAAAGAAUGUGACACGUUUGGGCUUCCAGGAGGACGGCAAUUGGAUGUUCACCGCCGGCGAGGAUCACCACGUGAGGAUCUGGGACAUGAUCUCCUCCCCGCCGCACUGCUCCAGAGUUUUCGACUGCGAGGCGCCUGUGAAUUCGGCCUGUCUGCAUCCCAACCAGGUGGAGAUCGCCAUGGGCUCACAGAAUGGCAGCGUCUUUCUGUGGGACGUCAAGUCGGAGCGUCACGAGAGGAUAGUGCCCGAGGUGGAUGCCUCCAUUCAGGACGUGGCCAUAUCGCCGGAUGGCAGAUACUUGGUGGCUGCCAAUAACAAGGGCAACUGCUACAUCUGGUCGCUAACCAGUCAGGAUCAAAAGAUGAGCACGCUGAGGCCCACCAAAAAGUUUCAUGCGCACAAACGCUACAUCCUGAGAUGCAAAUUUAGUCCGGAUUCCAGACUCCUCUUAACGACCUCCGGCGAUGGAACGGUGGGCAUUUGGAAGACCGAUGACUUUACCAAGUGGCGCGAACUGUGCAUCGAGAACUAUUGGGUCUGGGAUGCCGCCUUCAGCGCUGACUCCAAGUGGCUUUUCACCGCCUCCUCCGACGGAAUUGCCCGGCUGUGGAAGCUGCAGACGAAGAGUUCAAUCAGGGACUACACCGGCCACACCAAGGCCAUCACUGCCCUGUCCUUUAAGGACGAGAUCGUGGGCAAAUAGUAGUAGUAGUAGCUAGCCGCUAGAAUCUAGGCAAUUUGUAAGCUUUGUGACCAGCGCGUCACUGUCGAGAGUCGUGAUAAGUAGAUUGUCUCCAAGUGGGCGACCAUUUUGCGGAUUUCCACGUCGUUUUCCACAAGAAGAUUUGCUAUUAUAAACAGAAAACCUUUUAAUACAGAGCAUGAAUUUAGUUUUGCUUUAAAAAGUAGGUUGAAACUUAAAUUCAUUUAUUCAAGUUAGAAAACAACAGGCCCAUAUACCCACAUAAUUAAUGGUAUGUAAAUGAGCCUAGCCUUUUUUAUGUUCAGUAAGGAUCAGGUAUUUCAUUUCUACUGCUUAUAAUCCAGAAUUGUCGAUUUUCAGUUUGUUCAGUUAUCUUACUCAAAUGGAAACAUUUGUAAACUAAAAUUUAGUGAGGACCGCAUAGAAACCAAUCACUAUUACUUAAAUAAGUAGACUCAAAACUGUAUUUUUCCUAUUUGUUGAAUCAAACUGCCACCAAUGCUCAUAAAAUCUUUAAUAACUUGGCUCUAUCGAAUUUCGGUUCAUAUAUAUUUAAGAACCUUUAAAAUCAGAGUGACUCAGACAUUCAUCCGUAAAUGUAAUAGAUAACCCACAAACGGCCAACCAAGCGAGACAAUCGAAAAAAAAGAAAGAUUCAUUGAGAGGCACUUUGGCUCUGGUAAAUAUUAAUGGCAAUUUUUGGAGGCAAUUAAAUAUGGGGAUAGUAGUGAUGACUCCACAUACGCAACACAGCAACCAGAACUGAAGCAUCAUCCAAACAACAUCCACAAUUCGACAGAAAAAUAAGAAUACCUCUGAAAAUGAGCGCUUGGCUUUUGUAGCGACUUUUUCAUAAUUUAUAAACCUUUGAUACAUAAUUAUAUUACGACUAAAUCGUGUGUAUGCAAAAUACAAUUUGAAUAAAAUCUUACGGGCAUAAAUAUACAUACAACACAGAAAUCAAA